AGCAGCCACAGUGCCCUGCUCAGAAGCCCCGGGCUCGUCAGUCAAGCUGGUUCUUGGUUCGCGCUCGGCAGCGCAGGCAGGCGAGUGGUCCCCAGUUCCGGGUGCAGAGCAGCAGCGCCCCAGUCCUGGUCCUCCAGCCCCAAGCCUCGCCUGCCCUCCCAGCGCCAGGAUGGCCACCAUCACCUGCACCCGCUUCACAGAAGAGUACCAGCUCUUCGAGGAACUGGGAAAGGGAGCCUUCUCGGUGGUGCGCAGGUGUGUGAAGGUGCUGGCUGGCCAGGAGUAUGCUGCUAAGAUCAUCAACACCAAGAAGCUGUCGGCCAGAGACCAUCAGAAGCUGGAGCGUGAAGCCCGCAUCUGCCGCCUGUUGAAGCACCCCAACAUCGUCCGGCUCCACGACAGCAUCUCUGAGGAGGGACACCAUUACCUGAUCUUCGACCUGGUUACUGGUGGGGAGCUGUUUGAGGACAUCGUGGCCCGGGAGUAUUACAGUGAGGCUGAUGCCAGUCACUGUAUCCAGCAGAUCCUGGAGGCUGUGCUGCACUGCCACCAGAUGGGUGUGGUGCACCGGGACCUGAAGCCGGAGAAUCUGCUGUUGGCUUCCAAGCUCAAGGGCGCCGCGGUGAAGCUGGCGGACUUUGGCCUGGCCAUAGAGGUGGAAGGGGAGCAGCAGGCAUGGUUCGGGUUCGCAGGGACGCCUGGAUACCUCUCCCCGGAAGUGCUGCGGAAGGACCCGUAUGGGAAGCCUGUGGACCUGUGGGCCUGUGGGGUCAUUCUGUACAUCCUGCUGGUUGGGUAUCCGCCAUUCUGGGAUGAGGACCAGCACCGCCUGUACCAGCAAAUCAAAGCCGGCGCCUAUGAUUUCCCGUCACCAGAAUGGGACACUGUCACCCCGGAAGCCAAGGAUCUGAUCAAUAAGAUGCUGACCAUCAACCCAUCCAAACGCAUCACGGCCGCCGAGGCCCUCAAGCACCCUUGGAUCUCGCAUCGGUCCACUGUGGCCUCCUGCAUGCACAGACAGGAGACCGUGGACUGCCUGAAGAAGUUCAACGCCAGGAGAAAACUGAAGGGAGCCAUCCUUACCACCAUGCUGGCUACCAGGAACUUCUCUGGAGGGAAGAGCGGAGGAAACAAGAAGAAUGAUGGUGUGAAGAAAAGAAAGUCCAGUUCCAGCGUUCAGUUAAUGGAAUCUUCAGAGAGUACCAAUACCACCAUUGAGGAUGAAGACACCAAAGUGCGGAAACAGGAGAUUAUAAAAGUGACAGAGCAGCUGAUCGAAGCCAUAAGCAAUGGAGAUUUUGAGUCCUACACGAAGAUGUGUGACCCUGGGAUGACAGCAUUCGAACCUGAGGCCCUGGGGAACCUGGUCGAGGGCCUGGACUUCCAUCGAUUCUAUUUUGAAAACUUGUGGUCUCGGAACAGCAAGCCCGUGCACACCACCAUCCUGAACCCCCACAUCCAUCUGAUGGGUGACGAGUCGGCCUGCAUCGCCUACAUCCGCAUCACGCAGUACCUGGAUGCAGGUGGCAUCCCCCGCACAGCCCAGUCGGAGGAGACCCGUGUCUGGCACCGCCGGGAUGGCAAAUGGCAGAUCGUCCACUUCCACAGAUCUGGGGCGCCCUCCGUCCUGCCCCAUUGAAGGACCGGGCCGGGGGCCCUGUACCGCAGAGAUGUUCUCUUCGUUCACGGAAUGUGGCUGCUGGUUCUCCCACUUGGAUUUGGCUGGAAUUCCCCCAAUCGCAUCACCCCAUCCCACCACCAUCACCAUCACCACCACCGCCACACCUGCAUCAAGAAAACCUGUCUGUCCACAAAAGUUAUCACGACUUCAGAGCAAAUAGCCACAUCUCCCUGCCACCACCUGUCACUCUCCUGCCAGGGCGAGGCUUCCUUGGGCCUGGGUGCCCUGGGUGCUCUGGGUGCUGGCUCUGAGGACCCCCCCCCACCCCCCCCGCUCCUGGCUGUCGCUAGCCUGCUCUUGCCUUGGCUAUAGGCCAGAAUGCCCAGCUGUGUGUCCCCCAGGGGCUGAGGAAAAAGAGGGACAGAAUCAGGAGGAAUGUGGAUCUGCCCCCACCUUUUGCUGUCUCUCUCCUUCCAGGGUCCCCCUCAACCCCUGAGCCAGCCUCCCCUGUGGGAGAGGGUGAGAGAGGAGCAGACACCAGGAGUCCCCACCUGACACUGCCUCCCUAGCUCUUCUCCCAUCCUGUCCCCUCCUCCUGUCCCUGCGGACCCUUCCCCUCAGCGUGUGGAGCACAACCGUCUCAGGGUGCCCUCACUCUUCUCCUCCGGCUGAUGUUCACCUCCAACAGUAACUCCCAUUCCACCCCUUCCAUCAGCCCUGGAGAAUUCCAGCUCCGUCACAUCUGAGGGAGAGAAUCUGAUUGCUUUUUGGGGGCAAAGAAGGCAACAUUUAGGUAUCACUUCUACUUGGACCGCAUGCCUUUUUAUAGCCAAACUUCUGUGUGUUUCCUAAAUGGAUUUUGCGUUCCUGGAUAUCUAUGUGAUAACUAAACCUCUCAAAUUAUUGUGGGGAAGGUCAGGUUGGGUUGGGAAGGGAUGUGGGAAGAGGGAUGAGGGGUAGUUUUUUUUCUGUUCUAGGUCUCUUUCUUUCUUCUUCUUCUUCUUUUUUAAUGUCAUCUCUGAGAUGGACUUUGUCACCCGUGGUUAUCUGGGGUCGAGGUGGACUCAGUCCCCGGGGAUGGAAGGGUGCGGGAGGUAGGGGGAAGAGGGGCUCAUUGACAUUUUGGUCCUAAGGUUCCUUUUCAGGACUGUAGAAACACCAGAUGUUAGAGCUAAGAAAUAGCAAAUCAGGGCAGAGAGAGCCGGUGGGGGGUGGGGGUGGGGGCGGGGGGAGGUUGUCAAGACGGAAAUUAUCUUUUUUUUUUUUCUUUUUUUUUCUUGCCUCCCAAACUGAGGUUCCUACUACGACGCUUCCCAGCUUCCCCGGAUUUCAUUGCACCGCAUCUAUGUGCCCUCUCAGCCCCUCCCCCAGUCUUUGGGGGUUCACGAGCAUGUGUCUCCAUUGCCUCUCCCCUCUGUAUCUGCUGGUCCAAGCAGAGCACUGGAAUUUCUCCUCUUCACGCCUCGUCCUGCAGCCGUGGGUUCGAAUCUCUUUUUUUUCCUUUCUCUUCCCCUCUUCCCCUGGGAUUGACUCUGAUGUGGAAUGCCUUGGCACAUCCACUAGCAUCUACUGUCUGCACUGUUUUCUUUGCAUGACUUUAUAUGCAGUAAGUACGUCAAAAAAAAAAAAAAAAAAGAAAAGAAAAGAAGAAAAAACAC